AUGGCGAGAAAUGCAUCAGAGAACCAAGCCUAUGUGCUUGGUGUCGGUAUGACAAAGUUUAUAAAACCUCGUGGUCUACGAGAGUACCCGGAUAUGGGCUACGAGGCUGGCAUCAAGGCUAUGCUCGAUGCCCAGAUCAACUACGACGACGUUCAGCAUGGAGUAGCUUGCUUUGCCUACGGCGACUCGACGUCCGGCCAACGAGUUUUCUACCAGUUUGGCAUGUCCGCCAUCCCCAUUGUCAACACCAGCAACGCAUGUGCCACUGGGUCUGUUGGCCUCUACCUAGCCCGUACGCUGGUACAGAGCGGCAAGGCAGACUGUGUCUUGGUGGUUGGUUUUGAGAAAAUGAGGCCUGGAAGCCUCAAGAGCGUCUGGGAAGACAGGCCAAGCUCCAGCGGACGUUUUGCUGCCAAAAUGGAUGAGUUGGUCGGCACCGACAAAGCUCCUCUGACGGUACAAUACUUUGGCAAUGCCGGACGCGAGUAUAUGCAAAAGUAUGGAGCGACAGCAGAAGACUUUGCCGAGAUUGGACGCGUCUCGCACGAGCAUUCCCAGAACAACCCUUACGCGCAAUUCCGACAAUCCUACACGACCAAAGAAAUCUUAGACUCGCCGACAAUCUUCUCGCCCUUGACCAAGCUUCAAUGUAGCCCUACAAGCGACGGUGCGGCAGCUACAGUGAUUGUCUCACAGAGCUUUCUGGAUGCACGAGCUCAUCUCAAGAACCAGGCAAUCCUGAUGGCAGGGCAAUCCUUCCUUACCGACUCUCCAAAGGCGUUUGGGACAAGCGCAAUCGAGCUGGUCGGCUAUGACAUGAGCCAACGCGCCGCUCGAGCCGCGCUGAAGGAAGCAGGCUUUAUCGCUGGCGACGUUCGCGUUUGUGAGCUGCACGACUGCUUCUCCACGAACGAGCUCCUCCUGCUGGAUGCCCUCGAGCUCUCAGAGCCCGGGAAGGCUCACGAGAUGGUCCGCAGAGGCGACAUCACAUACGGGGGCAAGGUGGUCAUCAACCCAUCGGGAGGCCUCAUUUCCAAGGGGCACCCCAUCGGAGCCACAGGACUGGCCCAAUGUGCUGAGUUGACCUGGCAGCUACGCGGCUGGGCCAACAACAGACUCGUUGACAAGGCAAACGUGGCGCUGCAGCAUAAUCUUGGUCUUGGGGGCGCGGUAGUGGUGAAUGUCUACCAGCGAGCGGACGGCAAGGUCAGCACGAAGGUGAGCAACGAAGAAAUUGCGCGCAGCAGUUGGCUUGGAUACAACGCGGCAAUUGAAGCCCAGGGAAUCAGUCAAAGCGAUGCCAGCAAAGUCAGGAGUAAGAGGAAUAGGAACGACUUCGCUCUGGGUGGCACUGCAGAGAAGAUUUGUGCCAAAUCCCAUUUGUAG